GUCAUUACUCAGGAGUUGGUGUUUUUUUUUAGUUUACUCUGCAAACCACGUAUAAUUAUCACAAAAAUACAAAAUAGGAAGUUGUAAAAAUCAAGAAUUGACCCACAAUUAGAAGAUUCUAAGUGAUAUCAUAUAAAAAGCAAACACAGAGAGACAAAAGUUGGUCAACCGACACGAUCAGAAAGAGCAAGCAACAAGUAAACGUAGCUUGAUUUCACUCCAAGUACAAUGCGAAGAAAUGCACGGUCAAUUAAUCAUGAAUACGAUGAGUAUCACAGCUCGCCAACACUGCUAUUCACCGAGCCCCCAGCGGCAGCUGCGGAAGAUUUUCUAAUGGAAAGACUGUCAACGCGCCAAAAUACACAACAUCGCUUCGAAAACACCAUAGAGGCCAAAGUGGAGCCAGGCGACACACUACAAGCCAUAGCUUUACGAUUUCACUGUACGGUGGCAGAUAUCAAGAGGCUGAAUAAAAUCGAUAAGGACAAUGAGAUUCAUGCUCGCAAAGUAGUGAAGAUACCAGUGACAGUGCACAAUGUGUUAUUGGACAAUCUACCCAUAGUUCAUAAAAGUGGCAAUAGUAGUCCUAAAUUGAAUCAAAAAUCUAGUGGUAAUGAUAGCCGUGAUAGCGAUAGUGGUCUGAGCAGUAUUGUACGCAAUCCAUUGGAUGAUGCACAGGCUAUGUUGAGCGAGAAAUUAAUGGUGGCCUCGGUAAAUUCUUCGAGCCGAGAUGGGCCAUCGACUAGUAGGGGUUUUACCGGAAGAGAUGAGCAUGUCAACAACAUCAUUAUGAAUUCGAAACUGAAAACAGCGACGACGGGUGCAAUGAAUAUUUACACAGAUGAAGAAUUGGCUGCCACAGAUAUAAAUGAUGCCUCGGCCCCUCUAAUCACAGACAUUUUGGAUGAUUCCACAAAUGUGCCUCAAAUACAUCGAAUCAAAGGCCCCUCAUUGCGUGCCAUUGAUUGGUCGGGCUCAGACUGUGAUAUGUCGUGGAUAUGUUUAUUUGUUGUGAUCUUGGCUUUGUGUUUUGUCAUACCCCUCGUUUAUGUAGUCUAUAUUGCCGAACAUGCCCAUCACAAUAUUACGGGAUCAUCCACAACUGUCGCCUCAGCACAUCAUUGACAUAUUUUGUAAGCAUAUUUUUUUACAAAACACAGUACUCAGUACAUAAUUAUGACCAUACAUGUCGUCUUGGUACAAAAAUUGUAUCACGAUGAGUUUUAAAUACUAUCAUUUUAUCAUUCCUCGCGAACUAAAAAAAUACAGGACACUAAACACGUGUUUUGGGAUACAGGAUUUUCUUUAAGAAAUACAUAAAUAAAUUUAAAAUAAAAUAAAAUUCAAAGGAAAAUAUGUCAGCUCUUCUCAAAGUGAAGACAUUUUAGAACGAUUUUAACUACCUUUUGUAUACAAAGCAAAAAAAAAAAUAUUGUUUUUAAACAACAACAUCAAGAUUUUUAAGUAAAUUUUAAUUUUAUUUGAUAAUAAUAAAUAUUAAUUUAUUUAAAAUAAUAGAAACUACUCGAAACAUUUAAUUCUAGUUUCUAAUUCUAUGGCAUUCUAUAGGUUUUAAAAUAAGAACUAAGAAAUAAACUUCCAAAAUAAAUGUUUUCAAAACAUAAAUCAUAAGAAUUAUGGCAAAUAAACGAAGCUGUAUUUUUAUACACUAUAAA